AUGCCGCGAUCCAGUUUCUCUGAUAACCCCCUGCUGCGGGUAUCACGGCCUGUCUCGGCCUGUUCACGAUGUCGAGCUGCAAAAGUUAAGUGUGAUGGAAAGCUCCCGGCCUGCACCGCCUGUGAGAAAGCCGGCCGUGAGAAUGAGUGCUCCAGCGCCAACGACCAGUUCGCCAGAGGCAAGGAGAGAAGUUACGUCGCGGCCUUGGAGCUCAGAGUCGAAAAGCUGGAGAAACGAUUGGCCUUUGCCAGGUCGCGCAAGGCGUCGGUCAGCCUUCAUGAUGUUGACGAGGCGGCGACAGCCCCUGCUGACCGUAAGGACUCACUGGCCAACAUCCGAGCUGCCAUUCAUCGCAAGGCUGCCCGUAAGAGAGAGGACUCUGACGUCAACUCACUCGUGUCUGACUUCGGCUUUUUGUCCGUCAAUGCAACGACCCGUGAUUUCGAGCCGUCGGUGAGCGGCAUGACGUUUGCUCGCCUAGUACUGGCCGCCGCAACCAACGACGAGGUGCCGGACCCCACGGAGGACAGUUUUCCGACAAGAGCCGAGGCCUUUGCCACCAUCCAGUACUACAUGGCCAACAUCUACGCACUAUUCCCUUCCUUUUCUGAGACGCAUCUGCUUACGGUCCUCGACGAUGUCUACCAGCAAGACGAAAGAGUCAAGGAACGCCUCAAAGAUGCAGACUUUUGGCUCCUGUACAUGGUUCUUGCCAUUGGAUACACGGCCCAGAGCAGGGACAAGCAUGACGAGUACUACCGUCGCGGGCUCGACUUCGUUGCCCGCGCGCUACCCUUUGCUGAUAAGGCCUUGAUGCCGGGCUAUCAUACACAGAUCCAGUCUCUCAUCCUUUUCACGCAAUACUCAAUGCUCGACCCUGGCCACUUCGACAGCUGGUACUUGAUCGGGUUCGCAAGUCGGGCUGUGGUCGAUUUAGGGUUUCAUCAGGAUCCGCCUCAGCUGCAAGUCCCUGAUAAGGCCGCGCUCGAUCUCAGGAGGAAGAUGUUUUACUGCGUCUACGCUCUCGACAGAUCGUUUUCGUUCACUGACGACUCGAUCAAUGUCGAGUACCCCAGCAACUCUGGUCUGUCUUCAGGGCCCAUCACUGGGCCCCAGUCUGCAGACUCGGCUCUGGUUUUGUUCCAGCUUCGGCGCCUCCAGUCAGAAUGGUAUCAGAUGCUGUUUCAGGCAGACUCGGCACCGCUCCCUGAUGCUGCCUCUUUUAUUUGGCAAAUGUGUCUCGAGAUGAGGGAAUGGCACGAGUCUUUGCCGGACAACCUUCCAUCAGGCAUCCGUGAACUCUUUGAGCUCGAGCUGAGAUACAGUUACAUCUACUGCCUCGCGCCUAGCGAUCGGUCGCCGCACCUUACGGACUAUGCCCGAAAGCUCAUUUUCGAACACGCCAUCGCAUACAUGAACACCAUCCACAACGUCGCCCACGGCGCCAUGAACACGGCAUUUUACAGCUCGCUGGAUGCUCUCAAGGUCUACUUUGUCGCCAUGCAGUUCCUCACCGUCUUGAACGCUGCCCGUGAGCUGCUCAUCUCUGAGCAGAGGAUCAUCCCGCCCAUCACUCGCCCGGGCACAGCGCCACCCCCGCCCCUUCCGCACCGCCCUAUUGGUAGCGAAGACAGCUUGGACAGAAGCCUACGAUGCCUCCAGCAGGUGUUUGAAACGCUUGACAGGUUUUCCCAGCGGUGGGAUAUCGCGUCGCAGCUCAAGACGACGUACGAAUCCAUCUCGUCAGAUCUGUUCUCCUGGCUGCGGAUUCGCCGGCAGAUGAGGGAACAAGGACAGCUACCGCAGCAGCAGCAACAACAGCAGCAGCAGCAACAGCAGCAUUACCAACAACCUCCCCCGAUGCCUCAAGGACCCUCUCCUCCACAGGCUCAACUACCUUCGUACCCUCCUCCUCAUCCCCAUCCCCAGGUUAUCAUGGCUCCGCCUCACAUGCAAAUGCAAGGCAUGAUGCAGCAGCAGCAGCAGCCACAGCCAGGGCAACCUAUGAUACAUUAUAGAUGGGUUGAUGGGACGGGACAGAUGAUGUCUGGUCCUCCAGGACAGGGUGGCCCGCCCAUGUAA